AUGUCUACGCGGAGCUCACAGAAACAGAAACCGCCAUACGUUGUGCCUGUGCAGAAGGAGUAUGUGACCAAGUACGUGCACGACAACCACCCAGACAACCAGCCGGCCAAGGAUUCGGUCGAUUUCAGCAACUUCUCUGCGGACGAGCUGCGGGAGUACCGCAUGCGCUUUCUCAACCCGGCCCACCAGCUCUCGCCAGAUGUGCUUACGUUCCAGGGAUACCUUCUCGAGAACAACAAUCUGGGCCGACGUACCGAGUCCAGCAGGAUGAACGAACAGCGCAAGCAGGAAAACAAUCUGUACGACUAUCGCACGAUGGACGACCUCCGCACCAACGUCGAGAACCACUUCAAGGAACAGCUCCCCGUAAAGGAGAGCGAGGUCAUCAUGGACUUCGUCUACAAGGUCCGAAAGUCGGACGACAAGUUCAGAAUACACUUUGACAGGGCCUGA